AUGCGACGAGCAAUAAAAGACAAGUUGGCUGGUGUUUUAGAUGAUCCUCGUAUAUCAAACACUAUAGAAGUAUUUACGAACAGUAAUGAGCGACGUCAAGUAACUGAUCGUGUUCCUGGACUUGCCAAGGAGAAAAGUGAUACAUGGAUAUCGACAAUUCAUGAACAUGUUAUAUCAAUGACGGAUACAACGGGAGCACUUGCUAAACAAAAAUUAUUACAAACAUUAUUUUCAUCUGGUGUUGUGCGAUGUGAUGGUAUUCGACAUGCACUUCAAAUUGGAAUCGGCUAUUUUCUUAAUCAAGAAUAUCGAAAAUCUUCAGAAUCAUCUACAUCUACUCAACGAGAAAAAUUUCCAGCUAUUGGUGGUUUAACACCAUCACAUUCUUUAAAUGAUUUUGAUUUUGAAGCUUAUGGACUUAAUACAUUUAGUGAUUUAAUGAAUAUCUAUGGUAUUAAUACAGAUAUAUUAAGAAGACAUAUAUGUGAUGGUGAACUUAAAGAAAUAAUUAAUCCAGCUAGUUCAGGUUCAUUAUUUUAUUUAACAUCAAUGUCAACAUAUCUUAUAAAAACAGCACGUGAUUAUGAAGUAAAAUUUAUUCAACAAAAAUUUCUUCCUGUAUAUUUUGAACAUAUUAAACAACGACCAGAAACAUUUCUUGCAAAAAUAUGUGGUGUUUAUGGUUAUAUUCCAUAUAUUUCAUCUCAAAGAGGAAUUACAGUUGAUUCAUUUACAAUGCGUUUUGUUAUAUUUUCAAAUAUAAUACCAACAAAUAUUGAUAUUCAUGAAAAAUAUGAUCUUAAAGGUUCAUCAUAUAAACGUGAUGCAAAUUAUACUGAACGAAUAAAAAAAUCAGCAACAUUUAAAGAUAAUGAUUUUCGUGAUAUACAUCCACGAGGUUUAAAAAUUCCAAAAAAUAUUUAUUAUUAUUUAAAAGAUGUGCUUACACAUGAUGUAGAAUUUUUAGAAAGACUUAAUAUUAUAGAUUAUUCAUUACUUUUAGUUAUACAUAAUAUGGAUAAUCCAGUUAGACCGACACGUCCUGGAGGUGGUGUAGAAGCAUUAAUGGGUGCUCUUCAUGAUACAUUACUUGCCUCUAUGGUGGAACAACGAAUUGAAAAUAAAAUAAAUAAUAAUACUAUUGAAUCAAGACCACUUUUACGAUUAAAAAAACCAAAUGAAGCAUUGGGUUUCAUUUAUGAAGAAAUUCCGAAAUUUGAUAUAGAAUAUGCUAGACAAUUUGGGGGUAUUCCAGCAAUCAAUGAAAAAGGUGAACGUCUUCUUCUUUUUCUUGGUAUUAUUGAUAUACUACAAACAUUUGAUAUUUGUAAAUUAAUGCAACGCCAAUAUCAAUCAGUUGAAAAUCGUGAUGUUAUAAAUGAACGUUCAAUUGUUGAAACAGAUUUCUAUGCAAAACGUUUUAAAGAAUUUUUAUUUGAACGUGUUCUUCGUCCAUAUGAUGAUGAUGAUGAAAUUCAAACAAAUCCAAUGAGUUCAAUAUCUUCUCAUUCUCAACAAAAUGCAUCUUUUAACUCUUCGAUCUAUCCACAAUUCCCUUUUUUUAAUUAA